UAGACUGCGGUUGCCUGUAGCUGUACUUGGUCAGUUCAUCUUCUUCCCGAUGCAAGCCCCAGUUCGGAGUCUCAGCCUCGCGUUCUUACUGAGCCGUCCAUGGUCUAAAGAACCCAGCUUUCGAUCAUUCUCAUCUUCUUCUUCAUCAAAUUACUCAAACCAGUCUCGCGGUGGCCUCCCUCGCUUCUACUCCGAAAUCCUCCCUUCUUCCGAGGGUAGUGUUGUGCGAGUCAAAGGCGAUGAGUUUUGGCACAUGACUAGAGUUCUAAGAUUGAAAGUUAAUGAUAGGGUAGAGCUAUUCAAUGGAAAAGGAAGCUUAGUUGAAGGAUGCAUACAAGAAAUCGAUCAAUCUGGAUUGAACUUUGUGGCGAUAGAGAACCCAAAGUCGGUAUCUCCCUUGGACACACAGUGGCAUGUCUUUGCUGCUUUUGGAACUCUAAAGGGAGGCCGGGCUGAUUGGCUUGUGGAGAAAUGCACUGAAAUGGGAGCCAAUAGCAUUACUCCUCUGUUGACAGAACGCUCUCCUUCGAUUUCAGAAAACCGAGUAGAGAGAUUACUUCGUGUCAGUCUUGCAGCCGCUAAACAAUGUCAACGGCUGCAUGAAAUGAGUCUGAACCCUCCUAUGAAAGUUAGCGAACUAAUACCUCAUGUCACAAAGUCAACAUUAUCGUUUAUUGCUUUAGCCGAGGCUAUGCCAGUUUUUAGUGCUUUGAGUUCCCGAAGAAAAGAAUCGAGUGGAUUAUUGAUAAUAGGACCGGAAGGAGACUUCACCGAGAUGGAGAAGAACAUGAUAGUGGAUGCGGGAGCAAGUGCAGUUGGUCUCGGGCCACAUCGCCUACGAGUUGAAACCGCGACAGUCGCACUUUUGGCAACUUUGAUGUUGUGGUCUGACCAUCAGAGGCUAGCCAACAGCUAACAGAACUUGCAAGCAAUCAACUAUCCUUAGCUUUAGCAAUUACUUAUUCUGGUACAAGAGAUUCCUCUGGUGCAUAACUUUUGGUCGCUUGUUUUCCUCAACUUUUAUGUUUUGUUGGUGGUUUUCUUGUGAAUUCUGAGUUCAAAAUC